CAUUCCCUCGGGGGCUCGGAACUGGGCACCCGGCAGUCGCAAGCACGUUUCGAGUGGGCGAAGCUGGUUGAAGAGAGCGAAUGACUUCCUGGGUCUGGGGAGGUUGAGGGGAGGCUUGGCCACACUGGCUUCAACGGGGACCCGGGAGGGAGUUCGUUCCUAUCAGUGAUUUCCCCGAGACAGCAGCACGGGAAAACCUGCCCUGUCAGUGCUUGCGGCCACGGACCCAACGUCCUCCGAGGUAACUUCACAGAAACUCGAAGUUGAAGGGACCACAGAGACCAUCUGAUACAAUCCAUACCUUCCUCUCUGCAAUAUACCCUACAAAUGGUCGUCUUGCUCUAACUUCUCCAACGAGGCCACAUAGUAUUUCCAAAUAGACCACCAGUAAUCUGCUGAUUGCACUGUGAGAACCACUGACCUAGUGCAGUACCCAUGGGUAUGGGAACUUAGUAAAGUUUAAUGGAUGAUGAUGCUAAUUUUAACCCAUGAUCGCAUAUUUAGAGCCAGAAGGGAUCUUAGAAGUCAUCUAGUCCAACUCCCUCAUUUUAUAGAUGAGGAAACUGAGGCCCAGAGAGGAGAAGUUACUACCUGUUGACCUUGAGCAAGUGACAGAACCAGAAUUUGAUUGCAGGCUAUCUAACUCUACAUCCAGCACUCUUUCCACCGUGCUGCAUCUGAUUCUUUGGAGAGAGACUCUCAAGGAGGGGAAACCUACCACAUCUACAGGAAGUCCAUUCUGCUUUUGGAUAGCUCUAAUUAUUAGAAAUUUUUUCCUGGCAUGAGGUCUCAAUUGACCACUUUUACAACUUCCACCCGUUGUUCCUGGUUCUGGAUUCAAACAGAACGGAUCUAAUCCUUUCAGAUAUAUGAAGUCUAGUCUCUGUAGGAACUGAAAUCAACAACCACCGUUCAUCAAAAUGCAGUGGAAUUUAAUACGGACUGUGUCUCAACUGGCAAAUAGAACAUGUUUGGUCUCACAUGGGGCUGGUUCCAUUGGGCACUCUCAGAGCAUAAAAGGCUUACUUAAAGCUUGGCCCAAGAUUGUUUUGGUGCAGGGUCCUCAAAACCAUUGGCUACAUGUAUCUUCUGCACAGCAUAUCUCAAAGGAAAGGAAGCCAGUAGAUGUUUCUCACCAUAAACAACAAAAAGAAGAAACUUCAUCAGAGAGGGUUAUAUCAUCUAGUGGCACAGCCCAAGGAAUUCAUGCGGAGAAAAAGGAAGAUCUUGAUCCAUUACAAGACAAAUCUAGUAGUCUGUAUCAGCGAUUUAAGAAGACAUUUAGACAAUAUGGAAAAGUUAUGAUUCCAGUACACUUAGUGACUUCUGGUAUUUGGUUUGGAACAUUUUAUUAUGCAGCCUUAAAAGGAGUGAAUGUUGUUCCUUUUUUGGAACACGUUGGGUUACCAGAUAGCAUAGUGGGCAUUUUGAAAAAUUCCCAAAGUGGAAAUGCACUAACUGCAUACGCCUUGUAUAAGAUUGCAACACCUGCCAGAUACACUGUGACUUUGGGAGGAACAUCCAUUACUGUCAAGUAUCUUCGUAGUCAUGGCUACAUGUCAACGCCACCUCCAGUUACAGAAUACUUCCAGGACAGAAUGGAAGAAACAAAGGACCUUAUUACAGAAAAAAUGGGAGAAACAAAAGAUAGACUCACAGAAAAACUACAAGAAACCAAAGACAAAGUUUCAUUGAAGAAAAAAGUGGAAUAGGAAAUCUUGUGUGCCAGGCCACAGAAAAGUCAUGCACUUUAACCCUCGGGAAACUGUGGACAAAAACAUAUUCUCCUAAUUAUACCUUUGGUUGGCAGUCUUGAAAUACUAGUGCUCCAAGGGUUAAAUAACCCAUAAAACCUUUUUAAAGUUAAAUAUCACUAGAAAAAUCAGUGUUUUUUGCAAAAAAAAAAUUAGCCCAGUGUACUAAUUUCAUACCAGCAGUGGCGUAAGUAAUGGUUAUUGUUUUGUGUCAUGAUGAUUUUUCAGGUAUCUUUCUUGCUGAUUUUACUGCCUGCUGUAAUGAUGACGGACUAAGCAGCUUACUACUUCUAUAAGAAAUUUCUCUCAUAGAAAGGAUGGUUCUGUUGGGAUCAUGAUCUUCAUGUUAUCCAUCAGUUAGACUUUUAACCAUAAUCAGUUCUCAGCAUGGAGAGAUCUUAGCACCAUUAUUGCCAGUGAAUAAGGGUAUUUCUUAAUUGUCUCUCAAAAUCUCAGAAGUCUUUUGCUAUUUAAAAAAAAAUAGCAAGAUGAGGCCAUUCUAAUAACCAUCUACCAGUUAAAACUUUAAUUUUAUAUGAAGAAAGUUGAAUUAAAAUUGGGACUAUAUAUGUGAUGAAAGUGAGAUGUACUGAUUAUAUAUAAAUGACUAAACAAAUUGACAUUUUAAAGAUAGUUUUGCCUAAAAUGUGUGUGAGUCAAAUUUUUCAAAGUAAGUACAUAUGUCUGCAGUUCCUUUUUAGAAAUUUAAGUUGGUAACUGUCACCUAGAACAUAAAAUUUUCCUUUAAAUGCAUUUUUGUCUUCAUCAACUAAUUUCUCAGAAUAAAGAUGAAAAUAAUUUCA